AUGCAAAAUGCAUUCUUCGCUUCCAAAUCGUGCCUAACUUGCCGUCAGAAGCGGGUCAAGUGUGACAAGCGGCUUCCAGCCUGCCUGCGCUGCUCCUCUCUGAAGCUCAGAUGUCAGGGGUACGACCGGCCAAACAAACUGGUGUGGACUAAUAGUAUUGCCAGCAGGGGCAAAAUGAUGGGCAAGACUACCUUCAAUGCGCUUGAGCAAUCAAAGAACGUGGCUUUAUCACACAAACCCUGGCAUCCCCCUAAACAGGAACAGUCCACUGGGGCAGUUGUGGAGGCUUGCACAUCUUCAGCCGCGGUGACAUGGUCACUCAUGGAGCCUAGCUUGCAGGACUUGCCCUUUGAUUGCAGAAAGUAUAUCCGUUAUUUCGACUUAGAUCUCUCAAGGGAAUGCGUGGUUUACAAUCAGCCAUCAACCAAUCCAUUCCUGGCUCUGAUGCCCCUCAUGCCAAAGAGCCAAGCUUUAUCGCAUGCUAUGAUAUCAAUAUCUGCGUUUCAUUAUACUCACCGUAUGGUCAUCAGUCAAACACAGUCUUUCUCGGAAGAUGGCGGCUUAGUUGUCGCCGAACGGCCUCAGCGAUGGCACAUAUCAAAUGGCCGCGACUGGCAACUGGACCAACCCGUUUUUCGUGAUUCAUUGCACACAGCGCUAUCACAUAAGCAGAAAGCUCUGCAAUUUCUUAAACAAGAGGUUCAGUGUGAUCCUAUGAGGAACAGCGACGCUGUCGUUGCGGCAAUAGUUCUCUUCAUCUGCAUGGACGUGGUGGAGUUUGGAAGCCAUGGAUGGAAUCAUCAUUUGCGUGGCGCAGAAGAGAUGGUUCGAAGCAGAAGAAUGCUCUCGAAUAAUGAUGCCAAGGAUUACGCGCCGUGGUUGAAAUACUUCGAUGCUGCGUGUAUAACCUUUGGAAUAUUGGGAGCGACCCUUGCACCAACAUUAACCCGAUCCGCGCAUCGGUAUCCUGUCUUAGACUCUGCUUUCCUAGAAUCUCUGCGACACUCAGAAAACCAAACUUGGGUGGGUUGUCCCGCUGAACUCUUAUACUUACUGUCAGCUAUCAAUUCAAUGCGUCUACAGUCUCCAAUGGACCCUGAGCAAUUGGAGACAACCACCAAGAUAUGCAAAACACUGUUUGAGUUUUCACCAUUAGCUUGGGCUGAGGACUUCCCUGCCCAGGAACACCAUGAGUCUAGAUACCAUCUUGCGCAUGCCUACAAGGCUGCAGUGGAAGUCUAUGCUUCUCAUGUGAUAGGGGCACUCCCUGGCCAGCACUACUUAUCAGGUUCUUUUGUUCUUGAGACUAUUCAACUAGCGAUACUUCACAUGCUCAAGAUAGCACCCACAGAUUUCCAUAUCAAAAGCCUGGUAUGGCCGGCAUUUGUCCUUGGGGCAGAAGCGCAAAAUCCAGAGCUUAGAGAAAUGGUGCGCACAAUCUUUCAGAGGAUAUGGGUGUCUUCUUGUUGCUACAAUGCAAGAAAUGCCGUUGAAAUUCUGGAGUCGAUCUGGGCAAGAGAUCUCGGUGAAAGAAUUGGAAAGUCGUGGUUGGAGUAUGUAUGGCAGUUUGAAGAGACUUGGCUGUUCGUAUGA